AUGGGGAUCUCUCUCAAGCAUUUAAGCUUCGUGAUGCUGGUGCUGCAGAACACAGCGUUGUCCAUUGUAUCCAAGUAUUCGCGUGCCGAGCCCGGACCUAAGUACCGUCCCAGCUCGGUGGUGCUACUCGUGGAGAUGCUCAAAUUCCUGCUGUGCUACCUCAUGUUGCUCAAAACCAAGCGAGGCAACGUCAAGGCGUCUGUUCGCACGCUACAGAUUGAAGUCUUCGCUGACAAGACGGGGCUCACGAAGAUGGCAGUGCUCGCCUUCCUGUACGCGCUGCAGAAUAUGUUCGCCAUCGUGGCCUACGAUUAUGUGGAUGUGGCCACGUACCAGAUCGUGUAUCAGCUUAAGAUCAUCACCACCGCUAUGUUCAUGAUCGUGCUGCUACAUCGACGCUUUAGCGUCGUACAGUGGUGCGCCAUGGUCGCUUUAAUGGCGGGUGUUGUCGUCUGCUCGUACUCGCGCCUACCGAGUGGAUCACAGCACACUGAUGAAGCCACAAACAGCAAGCGAUUCAUCGGUGUCUGCAUUAUGCUUGGGUUAGCUGUAAAUUCAGGCCUCGCAGCGGCCUACUUCGAGCGUGUAAUGAAGUCACACAAGGGCGUUCAAACACAACAGACGCUAGACCCGCUCUGGACACGGAAUCUGCAGCUGUCCGCCAUCUCUGUUGGCGUUACGUGCUUCGACCUCGUGCGUAAUUUCGGCGAAGUAUGGACGAACGGCUUUUUCCACGGUUUUCACCCAACGGUCUUCGCAGUCAUUUUUCUUCAGGCCGUCGGUGGACUUACUAUCGCUGCUGUCGUGCGCUACUCGGACAACAUUGUCAAAAAUUUUGGCACGUCCUUCUCGCUUAUCCUAUCGUGCAUCAUCUCCAACUAUAUGUUCGGCCAGACGGCCACGUUCUCAUUUUACUUUGGUGUAUUCCUCGUGGUUGGCGCAGUCUUCGUCUACGGUGACAGUCGGUUUGCCAUCAAACCCGUCGCGGCCAAGAAGGAUCGCCAGUCCACGACCGAUGGAUCGAUACACGAAAUCGCCAUCGACACCAAAACCACGCAGGUCGUGCACUCUGGAAGCAGGAACUUUGUUGCGCGGUCUGUGCAAACAUUUAAUGGGCUGGACGUGCCCUGUCCACGUCAUGAAUCAUAG